AUGGACGAAUUUGCGCAAACCCGUGGCGUUGAUGAUCUUUUCGACGAUGAGAUUGUUCCUGUUGUGCCGUCACAAGCCCAGGUCGAGUACACCGAAGAUGUCCCAUCCUACAACCCUUCACAGCCAGAUGCCGCCCCAUCUCAAGUCCCGCCAGAGCCGGCACGCACCGAUCGCAGGAAACGUGGAAAUGGCAAGACUCGGGGAACUCGUGGAGGGCUAUAUUCUAGAGGAGGGAAGGCCAACGGGCCGGUAAAUCGAAAUGACAACCAAACCGAGAGUGAACCGAGUGCAACAACUAAUGGUCUGGCAUCGAGUCAGCCAGACAAGGAAACCGCCCCCGCAACCGGGCCCGAAGCCGCGCCCGAGAAUAAUGACGAGUUACAAGCAAAGGAUGCAGUGAAGCCAAAGGUCCCUGCUGUCCGGGGAGAUAGGAGUGCUACUGGUGGCAUAAAGAAGCCUAAACUCACCGAAGAGGAAUUAUCCGAGCGCAUGGCCGCUGUCAAGAUAGCGGCUGCAAAGCGUGCAGCGGCACACGCACGCGCCGAAGCCGACAAGACUUCUUUCCACGAACGCGAACGAAUUGCGAAGCAAAGACGCGCCGAAGAUGCGCGAAAUCAUCGGGCAAUGGUUGGCGAGCGGGAACGCAAUAGGCAGAGAAAACUUCAAGCGCAAACCGGUCGAGAGUGGGACGCAGAAAAAUCACAAGACGCGUUUAGUGAUCGUGGUAGAGGUGGGAGCGCCUAUCGUCGAGGAGUGCAUGGUGGUAUUGCCAGUGAAACGCGUCACAUAGAAGAUUCCACAGGCCACCAUCAUGACAGUGACAAUGAUGGAUUUCGCGGGCGCGGCAAUAGAUACGGUCGUGGUGGACAGGGCCGUGGGUAUGGGCGCGGUCGGGGCCGCGGAGGAUUCAGAGGUACAAACGAGGCCGCGCAGCCAGACGUGGCCGCGAAGGAUAGUGAUUCCAGGGCCCCCCCGGCCAUUGAAGCUGAGAGUGAAUUCCCUGCAUUGCCAAGUGGCAAAAGUAGCGAAGCUCAGCCUGUGACGGUGACUACACAGCAACCCGCAGCUCCAGCGACGUCCGAUACCCCAAUUUCUCCGAUGCCAUUGCAGGAAUCAUGGGCAGACCAUGUCGAUGCACUUCAUGAAGCUGCAGCCGAAAAGAAGGCGGCUAACUCGGCCUAA